CUGCCGUGUCGAAACUCCGCGAUGGCCGAGGGUAACAUCGACGAUAUCCUGGUGCGCCUCGACGAGAUCGAGAAGCUGCAGACGGAACUUCGGCAUUUGGUACCACGAGUCACGGGCAAUUCAUCCGGACACCGGGAUCUAUCCCGCAAUUCGUCCACGUCGAUCCGUUUCCCGUCGCUUCUCACGUUCCCCGUGAUAUCGAAUUUUUCAUCGACCUCCUCGAAGACCGAGCGAGUGCAGAAGUCAACCGCGCAGAUGAACCUCAGCAACAGAUUGCUGAGCGGCACUCGACCCUCGACAGCGAGUCUCGGGAACUCCCAGAGACCUGCCAAGAGAGGAUCGUCCGCGAAGGAGACGAACAUCUUCAAGGAUCUGCUGAAGAGCACGAGCAACGUCACGAGAUCGCACGGGAGGAACUCGUUGGCCUCGACUUCCUCCGUAGCGAACUCGAAGGUGUCGAUGAUGCCGUACUCAACGAGAAGUACUACUGCAAGUCGCAAGGAGGAACUGAAAAACGAAAGGUCGACGACUGCGAUGGGCAAAAUGCAGAACGCGACUGAUGGGAGAUUGUCGAACGUGCGAUUGUCGAGAAAGGAGAUCGACGCGAAUGCAAACAGAGACACCCGCGUGCGAAGCGCACACAGCAACGAAAUCGGAAAGCACGUGGUCGUGCCUAAGAAGAAAUCAAUGUCGUGACGGAAGCGGUGUAAUAAAAACACUCGUCGAGCGAAUCGUGGAAAACUUCAAUUACUGCCUCGUGGACGAUAAAAGAGUGACCGUCCCGUAUCAUC